AUGCCCCCGAAGAAGGCUGCCCAGCCCGAGAAGAAGAUUCUUCUCGGUCGUCCAUCUAACAACCUCAAGAUCGGUAUCGUCGGUCUCCCGAACGUUGGCAAGUCCUCGUUCUUCAACACCCUUUCCAAGACCGACCUUGGAAAGUCCGCCAACUUCCCAUAUGCUACGAUCGAGCCUGAGGAAGCCCGCGUCCAUGUCCCCGACCCCCGCUUUGAAUGGCUAUGCGAGACCUACAAGCCUAAGUCGCGCGUGCCAGCACAUCUGACUUGUAUCGAUAUCGCCGGUCUGACUGCCGGCGCAUCAACCGGCGCCGGCCUUGGCAAUGCUUUCCUCGCCAACGUCCGCGACGUCGACGGUAUCUUCCAGGUCGUCCGUGCCUUCGAUGACGCCGAGGUCAUCCACGUCGAGGGUGACGUGAAUCCCAUUCGCGACAUGGAGAUUAUCUCGACAGAGUUGCGUCUCAAGGACGCCGAGUGGGUUGAGAAGGAGCUCGAGCGCAGGAAAAAGACGUCGCGUUCGCUCAACAGCACUUCGCUGGCGGACAAGGCGAAGAAGGAGGAGAUUGCAACCAUCGAGCGUGUAUUGAAUAUGAUCGGUACUGAGGGCAAGGACGUCCGCAAGGGCAACUGGAACCCGAAAGAGGUCGAACUCAUCAACACCCUCCACCUCCUCACCGCCAAGCCCAUCACCUACCUCGUCAACCUCAGCGAGAAGGACUACGUCAGGAAGAAGAACAAGUGGCUACCCAAGAUCAAGGCAUGGAUCGACGAGAACAACCCCGGCGACCCGCUCAUCCCCUUCUCCGUUGCGUUCGAGGAGCGUCUUGCACAGAUGACUCCGGAGGAGCAGGCUGAGGAGGAGAAGAAGGUCGGCGCGACGAGCAAUCUCGGCAAGAUCACCAUCGCCGGUUACACGAGCUUGGAUCUCAUCCGCUACUUCACUUGCGGCCCGGAUGAGGUUCGCGCUUGGACCAUUCGCCAAGGGACGAAAGCGCCUCAGGCAGCCGGUGUCAUCCACUCGGACUUCGAGAACAAGUUCGUGUGUGGUGAGAUCAUGUCGUACAACGACUUGCACGAGUACGGCAGCGAAUCUGCGGUCAAGGCUGCCGGCAAGCUCAGGCAACAGGGCAAGCCGUAUGAGAUGGUCGACGGCGACAUCGCCUACUGGAAGUCGGGUGCAUAG